AUGCUCCGAAUCCCAUCUGCGCUGCAGCCUACUAGGAAAGCCGUAUCAGCGACGAGAUACAUUUGCAAGAACCCAUUCCACACUUUUAUGCGCCUCAACCAAGUCAUGGCGCACCUUGAUACCUCACAGGCGGCCAACGGCUCGUCUGGCGAGCUUCACACGCUACGGUCCCUUCCCAAGUCGAAUGUCUUCACGUCGAACCUUCCAGCCGAUGAUGCGUUCCCUAGACCGAAAGACUCGCACGAUGCGCCACGGCAGAUGCUUGGACCGCGCAUGGUCAAGGGAGCGUUAUACACAUAUGUUCGACCCGAUUCACAGGGCGAGCCGGAACUGUUAGCUGUCAGCCCGCAAGCGCUACGUGACAUCGGCCUCAAGGAAGACGAAGUGGAGACUGAUGAGUUCAAGGAAGUCGUUGCAGGAAAGAAAAUCUUGACAUGGGAUGAGUCAAACCCAGAGUCAGGAAUAUAUCCUUGGGCGCAGUGCUACGGAGGCUACCAGUUCGGACAAUGGGCUGGCCAGCUGGGUGAUGGUCGCGCCAUCUCAUUGUUCGAGUCCACCAAUCCAGCAACUGGCAUACGCUACGAGAUCCAAUUGAAGGGCGCUGGAAGAACCCCAUACUCCCGAUUCGCCGAUGGUCGAGCAGUACUACGCUCUUCCAUCAGAGAGUUCGUUGUUUCAGAAUACCUCAACGCUAUCGGUAUCCCAAGUACGCGAGCGCUGGCGCUCACCCUAAACAAGGGAAGUAGAGUCAUGCGCGAACGAACCGAGCCCGGCGCCAUCGUCACUCGAUUCGCACAAAGUUGGAUCCGUUUUGGAACAUUCGACCUCCAGCGCAUCCGCGGAGACCGAAAGACCCUUCGCAUCCUCGCCGACUACACAGCCGAGCACGUCUAUGGCGGCUGGGACAAGCUACCCUCCAAGCUGCCCGCUGGCGACGCAAAAGACGUCCACAACCAGACUUCUUCAGGCCUUGCGAAAGAUACUGUCGAAGGCGAUGGAGCUGGGGAGGAAAACCGCUACGUCCGUCUCUACCGCGCAAUCAUUCGCCGCAACGCCGAGACAGUCGCGAAAUGGCAAGCUUACGGCUUCAUGAACGGCGUGCUAAACACAGAUAAUACAUCUAUCCUCGGCUUGUCUAUUGAUUUCGGUCCCUUUGCGUUUUUGGAUACCUUUGAUCCGACGUACACGCCCAACCACGACGACCAUAUGCUGAGAUAUAGCUACCGCAACCAGCCCACAAUUAUCUGGUGGAACCUCGUCCGCCUAGGCGAGGCACUGGGUGAAUUAAUGGGCGCGGGUAGUAAAGUCGAUGAAGCUACGUUUGUUGAAAAGGGUGUCACGGAAGAAGAAGCAGAUGGCAUCGUCAAAUGCGCAGAAUCAGCAAUCGACCGCGCAGGCGAAGAAUAUAAAGCUGUUUUCCUCGCCGAGUACCGCCGCGUCAUGACAUUGCGUCUCGGUCUCAAGACACAGAAAGACUCCGACUUUGAGGAACUCAUGUCCGAGUUGCUCGACUCUUUGGAAAUGUACGAACUAGACUUCCAUCAUGCCUUCCGGAGGUUAGGUAGCAUCAAGUUGUCGGAAGUUGAAACCAAGGAUCAGAGGAAGGAUGUUGCGGGCAGGUUUUUCAAGAAGAAUGGUGCGCCGAGGCAGGAGAGUGAUGGGCGGGAGAGGAUUGGAAAGUGGCUUGAGAAAUGGUCGGCUAGAGUUAAGGAAGACUGGGGUGAGGGCAAAGAUGAGGAGAGGAAGGUGGCUAUGGAUGCUGUGAACCCCAACUUUAUCCCCCGUUCCUGGAUCCUAGACGAACUCAUCGAGCGCGUGGAGAAGCAGGGCGAGCGCGAGAUUCUACCUCAGAUUAUGAAACUCGCUUUGAGCCCAUUCCAAGAGAACUGGGAGUGGAAUGCAGAUGAGGAAGAGAGGUUCUGUGGCGAUGUACCGGCGCACAAGGGAAUGAUGCAGUGUAGCUGUAGUUCCUAG